GUUCCUGCGUGGAUCGUUUGCGAUCUCACUGAUAGGAACAUUUGGUGUGGACAUCGUUUUAUGGAUACAGCAGGAGAUCAAAUAGUACCGUCUACAAGUUUUUGGGUAAUGCAGUCACCAGAAUUAGAAUUUCGGCAUGAGCUGAUGGGGCGCAUAAAUAAAUUGGAAACCGAUGUCGAGCUGGACGUUGUACCGGGCAGUCAGCAUCAUCCAUCAUCCAGCUCGCCACUGUCGUCGUCGGGAUUAUCCAGCUACACCGGCCAGAACUACGACCACUAUGGGAAGGAGUUUUUCUUCGGCAACAAACAUCGAGACAUGCUGUGCACGGAAGCGGAGGAUUCUUUUCUUCGGCCACCGCUGUGGGAGGACAUCACCAGCUCGAUACAGAACAUCGAUCCCGAAAAUGCUAUCAUGCUGGGCACCAUGAACGGCAUACCGCAGGUCAAGAUGGAAGCCGUCGACGACCCGUUCCUGGAACCAUUGUCCUCACCAUUGCUCAGCCCUCUCGAGAUCAAAACCGAAAAGAGCAACCUACUGGCGCAGGGCGCCACCAACCAUAACAACAACCUUAGCCAUCUGCACAAUAACAACAACAACAACAACAACAGCAUCCACCAAAACCAUAUGCACAGCGACGUCACCAGCUGUCACAAUAAUAGCAACAGUAACAACAACAAUAAUAGCAAUAAUUUCCUCUCGAACAAUGGUACCGGCUACACGCAUAGCAUCGCACCAGCUCAUGGUCAUCCAAAUCAGCACAACAAUCUCAAUGGCUAUCUAGCUGGAACGAAUGGGAGUGGUUCUAGUCUGCAGCUUCUCACUAAUCACCCACCUCAGCAGCAGCAGCAGCAACAUCAUCAGCCUCAACAGCUGCAGCAGCAGCAGCAUCAUCAACUGCAGCAUCCCCACCAUCAGCAACACCAGCAGCCGCAUCAUCAUCAGCAACACCACCAACAUCAGCAACAUCUGCAGGUUAACCAGAACAAUAACUACUAUCACUGGCAGCCCCAGCAACAUCAAGCGCCGACGGUUACCGGUGGAACGGCUACCCUAACUCAACCUCCUGGCCCUAUGUACCAUGGCAAAUAUGCUGCAACGCAAGGCUCCAAUGUUUGUGCAGCACCUAUUUCGAGGCUAAUGUACGUCCCGCCACUAACUCCACCGAACUCUGAUCCCGGUAGUCCUGGGAACAAUUUGCAGAACCCACCACGCAGAACCCCACCUCCACCUUAUCAUCAACAGCAACAACAGCAGCAGCAGCAGCAGCAACAUCAACAACAACACAUUGCUCUACAAGGAAAUCAUAUCCACCAUCACCCGCACGGUGGUAUGGUAGGUGCACAAUCGGUAGCGGGGCCGACCUCCAACCAGUUGCUUCAACAACAGCUACCCCAAACCCCCGUUUCAAUGUCUCAACCAACGCAACCAAAUCCGAUUACAUCCAACGGUUCCGUCCAUCCACUGCCGGCGAUCCCGAAUGUGAUCGGUUCGCUUGUACCGGUCUCCGGUACGAGCAACGGAUCCAGCGCCGGCAACAACGGUGGACCACCACCGCCGGUGUCCGGCCGUAAUGGAUCUUCCUCGCGCGGUUCUAGUUCCAAGCGGCAAGGCUCCGCACACAGUAUCAACAGCGUGCUCAGCAGUGCCGGUGUCGUGAAACACAUCGUAGGCCGUUACAACCGUCGCAACAAUCCUGAGCUGGAGAAACGGCGGAUACACCACUGUGAUUUUAUCGGUUGCACAAAGGUGUACACCAAAAGCUCGCAUCUAAAGGCUCAUCAACGAAUUCAUACCGGUGAGAAGCCGUACACCUGCCAGUGGCCAGAGUGCGAGUGGCGUUUCGCAAGAUCCGACGAGCUGACGCGCCACUACCGCAAACACACCGGCGCCAAACCGUUCAAGUGCAUCGUCUGUGAGCGCAGCUUCGCCCGCAGCGAUCACUUAGCGCUUCACAUGAAGCGGCAUUUACCAAAAAAUAAGUAAUAGCUGAUA